UCGCCGCUCCAGGUCGUGACCCCGUCGCCCCUGUGAUCCCGCGGCCCGCGCCCCACCCGCGGCCGUUGGCUGGACGCCCGGCGGCCUGCGGCGGCGGCUCCCAGGUUCCCGGGGAGGCGGCGCCAUGCGGCCCGGGCCCGCGCUUCUCCUCCUGGGCCUGGGCCUGGUCUUGGGCCUGGCCCUGGGCCGCGGCCGCCUCCCGCGGCCCCCGGAUCCUCGCACGGCCCGGGCCGCGGUCCUCGUUCCCGGGGCGCCCGGCCCCCGCCGCCAGGGCCCCUCCUCGGCCCGCCGGCCCCCGCCCGCCGCUCAGGGAGACGCGGCCGCGCUGCGCACCUUCGGGGGCGCCCCGGGCCUCGGAGAGCCGGGCGGCGGCCCGGGCGGCGGCGUCCGCCUCCGCCUGCGGCCCCGCGCGACCCCGGGCGGCGGCGUGGUCCUGAGCGGCCGCGGCGGCCUCUGCCUGCCCCGCGGCCCCGUGCGCCCUCUCUGCCUGCGGGUGCGCGUCCUGCUGCGCGCCCCCGGGGCCGCCGCGCCCACGCUCGUGGACCUGCAGCUGUGGGCGCGCCGCGGCCGCCUGUCCCUGCUGUGGCGCACCCCGCUGCACGGCGCGCUCGGGCGCCCGGAGUGGACCUUCCGCCUCGUGCCCGUCCCACCCGCCAGCGUGCGGCGCCCCCGCCAGGCCUCCUCUGCCCUGCCCGCCGGCGACCCUCGCCUCUACGCGGGCUUCGUGGCCCAAGCCAAGUGCCCCACGGAUGGGCCCACGCCUGUUGUUUUAGAAGCCGUCAACUCGGACGGCCCCCAAGCCAUCGAGUCUUCGGUGUCCUGCCAGUUAUCCGCACAGUUGCCCUGUGUUGUCAGCCUGGUAAGGAUCAAUAGGGACCAAGAUCCGGUGGUGUUGAACAGGAGAAUGCACACUACCUUGAAUGCAACCUUUAAGUACGACUGCCUGGAAGCCACCUUAUUUAAUCCGAGUUGGCAAGUCUUUUCCGUGCCCUCCGUAUCCGACGUGCCGGACUGGAAUCAGCCUUUGGACGUACCACAACUCAGCCUAGGGAGGACUCCAGCGUAUAUGGAAAUCCCCCCCAAUUCUUUAUCUUGGGGGGUGUACGUGUUUAAUUUCACUCUCACCAUCUACACAAGGAAGUCAAAUACGCCUCGGGCAACAGGCUCCGAUAUCGUCUACGUCACCGUUCUUCGAAGCCCCCUACAGGCGGUGGUUAUUCCUGCGAGGCCCAACAUAACAAUGAAUUUCACAGAUUCGCUGGUUCUGGAUGGAAGCAGGUCCUCGGACCCAGAUUCAGGCAACUCUUCAGAGGGACUCCUUUUUUCUUGGUACUGCACCAAAGAUAAAAAUAACUACCAAGGAGAGACAAUUAUAGUGGUAAGCAGGAAAGUCUGUCUCACUGCAAAGCAGACCGAUCUGCGGUGGAAGGAGGCCUCUGGCCCCAUCCUGUCAUUUUUGCCAAGAACACUGAGAGGCAGAGAUGUGUAUUAUUUCAGAAUGGUGAUCCGGAAGGGCAGUAGAACAGCGUAUGCCGAUCGGAAGGUGCAUGUGCUCCCAGGACCAAGACCCGCAGCACACAUUUCAUGCAUUGAAAAUUGCAAUCGUAAUUUGAUUAUUUCAGAUCGAUUCUCUUUGUUUCUAAAUUGCACCGGGUGUGUAGGAGACCGUGAUUACUAUAAGUGGUCGAUUCUGUCGUCUUCAGGUAAAGAGAUCAUAUUUGAUUGGGCGAGACAAACCACAACAGGGAGGGCCAGGGCUUAUCUGACCAUAAAACCUUUUGCUUUUAGGGAUUUUUCCGAAGCUGAGUUUUUGGUUUCUGUAUACUCAAUAACUUGGAGCGGAGCGGGCUUGACCUUGAGAUACUCCUUUGUUAUUAACUACGCUCCUCAGCCCGGGCAGUGCAACAUCAAUCCAGCUAAGGGACUUGCACUUUUAACCAAGUUUGUCAUCCGGUGUACUAAUUUCACGGACAAGAACAUCCCUCUUGCAUACAAAAUAGUAGUUUCUGAUUUGUACGGUUUUGGGCAAAUCAGUUCUGUGAAAGAGAACACCUUGGGGGCCAUCCUGUAUUGGGGGCAUGAGUCCACAUCACCCCCCUCCUUUCUCCCCGUUGGUGGAUUGGCUAAUCAUUAUGUCAUGAAGAUCAUUGUUCAGGUAUAUGACUCUCUAGGAGCCUUUACUCCGGUGACCCUGCACGCCACCGUACGGGCUCCUACGGACAAAAUCUCAUCAAAGAAUGUGCUUGAUCGAUUAUUCAAUUUCACCAUGGGACCAACUUCAUCACUCUCUACUCUGCUUGACCAGCGGGAAUUUUUGCCUGCAGGCUACUUAAUUUAUAUAGCAGCUUCUGUGGUGAAUAGCAUGAAAGCUGACUUAACUUUGCAAGCUGACGAAACCAGACUCCGGGAACACCUCGUCAACCAGACUUUCGUUCUUCCCAACAGCACUUUGGAGGAAAUUAGCCAGGUGGUCAUGUGUAUGGCUAAAGUAACCCAGACAACCUCUGGAUUCACUCGAAUGGCUCAGAAACUUGCCACAGUGAGGGUCUGGCAAGCCAACCAUGCCCUACGACAAUCUCAUCAAAAACAUAAAUCCUUUAGCUCUGAACAAAUAGAAAUCGUGAGCACUGGGAUAUUAACAAGUCUGUCUAAUAUCCUUAAACUGAGUGUUCCUUAUGAAGUAGUGGAUGAGCCUUUCUAUGGGUUGGAGUUUCUAGCAGACACAAUAUCGGCUGGCAUGGUGCCAGGGAAUGAAACCACUGUAAUGACGGCCUCCAGCUUUAACAUGUACCUCAGGAAAACAGAAAAGCGGGAUAUUAACGAGGCCUUCACCAACAAGAAGCUCGGCCAAAAUUAUUUUCGUCCAGUGCUCAAUGCGAGCAGUGUCCCCCUUCUGCCUGAAAAUGCUCCGAUCUCCACCAUGUUUUGUGAGUUUGCAGAUGAUCCCUUUCCUUGGUUAAGUCAGCAGGAAAGCUAUUCUGCAGAGGUGGUUGGGCUCAAAAUGACAGGCAUCCCCGCCAAAGGCAUCGUGCUAGAGAUCACACCUGAUGUGGUCGAAGUGCACAUCGUCAGAAGAAACUUGAGCUUUGCAGCUUUUAAUCUCACGGUGGGACCCGACAACGCGCCCCACAAAGUUAAUGAGCCCUUCAAAAGGACGACGGGGGAGUUUAGCUUUGAGGUGGACAGCAGUGCAGUGAAUGAGGUGCUGGUCCACAUCGUGACGGAAGUCACCCUGGUGUUCACGGUGUUGGUAUAUGCUGGCAGUGAGAUCACCCCCGCCGCUUUGGUGGCCACAUUCUUCGUGCCCUAUGAUAUCCCUCCCAUCGCCAACCAGAGUGACCUGUUUGACCAGGCCUGUGUGGUUAAGAAGGCCCGCGUGGUCUGCCUUCCACCGUCCCUGCUGCAAGUCAUAGCUCAGCGAGGCAGCUCGUCCGAGUGCACCGUGACCAUGGCUCUUCAGGCACCUCGCUUUGUCAUGGCACCCAGUAACAAGCUAGUGAGAAUCGCCCUUUUCAGCGUUCAGUGCUUAGACAUGUACGGGAUCCAGAGCGAUUGGAGAGAAGACAACUGUGUUCUCGGAGAGGAGACCACCUGGGACAGAAUGCACUGUAUCUGCAAAAACCCAAGGAGGGCCCGGCGGCAGCUGGCCACGAUCAAAAAAGCCGGCCUGCACCUGCAAACCCACUUUUUGACGGCCAAUGUGAUUGUGGUCCCUAACCCCGUAGAUCUACGGCUGGAGGUCAUCAGAAAUGUCACCCAAAACCCUGUGACUCUCUUUGCUGUACUUUUCAUUAUGCUCGUGUACGUAUUCCUAGCGUUCUGGGUCUUGCACAAAGAUGCCAUGGACCAGCUUCUUCGGCAAUACGUGAUAAUCCUACCUGACAACGAUCCUUACGAUAAGGUGUGUUACCUGCUCACCAUUUUCACAGGAAUGCGCUGUGGGGCUGGGACCAGGGCCAACGUCUUCAUCCAACUUAAGGGAACAGAAGGUGACAGCAACGUGCAUUGUUUGAGCCACCCCUAUUUUACCACCCUCUACCGUGGAAGCAUCAACACUUUCCUCCUCACAACAAAACGUGACUUGGGGGACAUCCAUUCCAUUCGUGUGUGGCACAACAAUGAGGGCAGAGCCCCCAGUUGGUAUUUAAGCAGAAUCAAAGUGGAAAAUCUGUUGAGCAGACACAUCUGGCUGUUCCUAUGCCGGAAAUGGCUUUCUAUUGACACCUCUUUGGACAGAACAUUUCACGUUACCCCCCCUGACCAGCCUCUAGAGAAAAGGGACUAUUUCCUGAUAGAUUCCAUUUACAAGCUGGAGAAAAAUCACAUGUGGUUCUCGGUUUUCUCCGGGGUCAGUGCUAGGCCGUUCAAUAGGCUGCAGCGACUGUCCUGUUGUUUAGCCAUGUUAUUGUCUUCCCUUUUAUGCAAUAUUAUGUUCUUUAAUCUCAACAAAAAAGACGACACGGAUCCCAAAGAGACAAAGUACAUCAGGUCAAUGAUGAUAGGAUUGGAAAGUGUCCUAAUCACCAUCCCUGUGCAACUACUGAUCGCCUUUUUGUUCACCUAUUCCCAGAAGGAACCUCGCGUGACUGUAGAGGAGGUGUCUCCCCAGAAGACCCCCUUGAUGCGAGUCCCAAGUGAAUACUGGGAGGAACAUCUGAAAAAGUGGCAUGCUCAGGAAACCGACGGUGCCCCCGCCAGAGCAGCUUCGAAGCUCCCCCCCAGGAAAAGCCCUAAAGCUCCCAAAGCGCCAGAGCAGCACCGGGGUAAGAAAGCAAAGGGCAAGGUCUCCCGCCCCCGAGAUGUUAACAUGAACGCCAGUAACCGAAACGCAGAAGACAAUCAGGAAGCUGCUCCUGCGCAGCCCUCCCAGACGAAUCCUCUAGAACUCCAGGAGAAGCACAGGAUCGUCCUGCCUGGGUGUUGUGUUUAUAUAGCAUGGUUCUUGGUUUUCGCCACCUGCAGUAUAUCCGCGUUCUUCAUUGUAUUUUAUGGGCUGACCUAUGGCUACGAAAAGUCCAUAGAGUGGCUCUUUGCUUCGUUUUGUGCGUUCUGUCUGUCCAUUUUCCUGGUGCAGCCGUCCAAAAUUAUCCUCCUGUCAGGCGUCAGGACGAGCAGGCCCAAGUAUUGUAAAAACCUCUCGUGGGCAAGCAAGUACCACUACUCUGAGAUCAAGCUGUUCCACGUGAAGAUGGGCCCGGAAGAAAUGAAAAGACGACACAAGCAGAUCACGCAGCUGCGAAGCUCAAGGAUGUACCAACCCCUCACCGAAGACGAAAUCCGAAUAUUCCAAAGAAAGAAGAGAACCAAGAGGAGGGCGCUCCUGUUCCUCAGUUACAUUCUCACCCACUUCCUGUUUCUGGCGCUCCUGCUGAGGCUCGUGGCCCUCCUGCGCCACACCGACAGCUUCUACUACAACCAGUUCAUCCGCGAUCAGUUCUCUGUGGACCUCGGCACGGUGACCAAGCUGGAGGACAUCUACCGGUGGCUGGACCACGUGCUGCUGCCUCUGCUCCACAACGACCCGAACCCAACUUUCCUUCCCGACAGCUCCUCCAAGAUCCUUGGCCUUCCGCUCCUGAGGCAAGUGAGGGCCAAACCCGGCGAAAAACUCUGCCCACCCGCCCAAGACUUUGUGCAAAACAGCACCGACAGAGACAUCCAUUGUCAUCCGGAGUAUGGCACGGACCCAGAAGACACCAGAAGCUACUCUAACGUUUGGGAUAAAGUGGGUAAGCGGGCUGUGGACAAGAACACCAAUGGGUUUACUUACAAGCCUCAAGAGAAGAUGUGGGCGUAUUUCUCCCAUGGACUCUUACACACCUACAGGUCGGGGGGCUAUGUGUUCUAUUUUUUUCCAGAACAGCAGCAGUUUAAUUCCAGCGUGCGGCUCGGGGAGCUCCAGAGCAACAACUGGCUUGAUGAGAAGACCUGGGCCGUGAUUCUGGAGCUGACCACCUUUAACCCGGACGUCAGUCUAUUCUGCAGCAUUUCUGUCAUUUUUGAGGUUUCACAGCCGGGAGUCGUAAACACAAGCACGUCUGUGCAUUCCUUCUCACUUGCUGACUUCGACAGGAGGACAUCCGCUGAGAUCUACCUGUACGCGGCCGUCCUCAUUUUCUUCGUAGCCUACGUUGUCGACGAGGGCUAUAUCAUUUUGCAAGAAAGGGCCUCCUACGUGACAAGUGUGUACAAUUUGCUCAACUUUGCUCUAAAAUGCAUAUUUACCGUGCUGAUCGUGCUCUUUCUCAGGAAACACUUCUUGGCCGCUGGCAUAAUUCAGUUUUACCUGUCAAACCCCGUGGAGUUUGUCCCCUUUCAUGCAGUUUCUCAGGUAGAUCACAUCAUGAGGAUCAUUUUGGGUUUCCUGUUGUUUCUGACCAUCUUGAAGACCCUCAGGUACUCCAGAUUCUUUUAUGAUGUGCGCCUGGCCCAGAGGGCCAUUCAGACCGCCCUCCCCGGCAUCUGCCACAUGGCUCUGGUGGUGUCCGUGUAUUUCUUCGUGUACAUGGCCUUUGGCUACCUGGUGUUCAGCCAGCACGAAUGGAACUACAACAACCUGAUUCACGCCACGCAGACAAUAUUCUCCUACUGCGUUUCAGCUUUUCAGAACACUGAGUUCUCCAGCAACCGGGUGCUGGGGGUCCUGUUCCUCUCGUCCUUCAUGCUGGUGAUGAUCUGUAUACUGAUCAACUUAUUUCAGGCGGUGAUUUUGUCGGCCUAUGAGGAAAUGAAGCAGCCCGUGUACGAGGAGCCAUCGGACGAAGCGGAAGCAAUGACCUAUCUGUGUCACAAGCUAAGGGCCGUGUGUCGGUGUGUGUUCUUCCAACCCAAGGCCAGAGACAAACCGGAGUUCUUUGAGGACAUGCUGUAUGGGCAGCCGGAGAAGAAGAGCCGCCGGUAUCUGGGGCUCAAGACCAGAAACAUUAACGGGAAGAAAAUGGUUUAUCUCGUUGUAUGAUCAGGGACAGUGUCAAGAACCACAGGCAAGAGCACCGCCCCCUCUCCGCCCCAAUCUACCUUCCCAGGGCAGAGCCUUCUCCUGCUGAGACUUGCCCCCCCCCCCCCCCCAGGGCUGGGAGCCGAGAGCCUGUGGCUCCCUCAGUUCCUCUGGGACCUCCCUCUGCAGACCAGGGCCGGAGCUUCCCCGCCCCGCCCCGCCCCGCCCCUCCCCACCCCGCCCCUACCUCCCACACUCCAGCUGGGGCAGGGCUGGAGGGACCUUGUGGGGAGUUCCAGGAUUUGUUCCCCUGCGUUUGAGUUCAGGGAUGGGAACUAACGGUCGGAAGUCUGAAGCUCCCCACCUAUUCUUUAGGGCGACUGCAAGUUAAAGAUGUAAAGUUUAACGACACUUUCCGGGCCUUGAGACAUGAAUCUCGUUUAACGACCAAAACGUUGUGUGUGUUGGGGCGAGGGCUCACCGUGAAUGACAGCAAAUGUUCUAUGGGUGUGACGACAGUAAUAUAUCCAUCCAGGACUGGGGCUCUGGGUUGUUGAUGGCAUGGCGGAGUAUUACAGAAAAUGUGGCUUAUUGUUUAAGAGAAGCAGGGGUAGUAGUCUAACACUUUCACUCAGAAGCAUGUUCAUUUAUGCAGAUGCCACUUUAAGCCUUAUCAGAAUUAAACGUGAGCUUUCUUCUCUGA